AUGGGCAAUAAGAUAUCUGCCGUCAGCGGUGUCAAAUCCCCCAACUUCUACCAACCUGGGAACGCGGUCAACGAAAUAUGGGUUGGCGACCUCGAGAUCAUCUCACGACUCCCCUUUGGUGACUCGGACAUGGCGCAAGCAGGAUGGCCAAAGAACGAUUAUCCCAAGUUCCCCUGGCGACCCUUUGUCAUACCUCUCCUCGCGAUGUUCACCAACGCCACAGAUGCAGAGGCGACGGCUCCGGGUAUAUCGAAGCGAUCCCUAGCCAAGGACAUUGCCUCCAGUUUCCCCUGGUGGGUUGUCAUAGGCAUUGUGCUUCUGUUUGUUGGCCUUACCAUCCUGCGGGUUGGCAUGGAAGGGAUCGUAUACCUGGCUCAUUUGAAAGAACAGUCAAUUGUUAAAGAGAACUUGAGGAGAAGUGCAACAUUGCUAUGCCAUGUCAGUGCAUGUGGUAUACUCGCCAGAUUUCAAAUUCUGGUGUCAAGUCUUCCUGCGCUGGAGAAAAUCCCGACUGAGCAAAGGGAUGCCGUGGAACUGGUUUACCACCCUAGGAGGACCCUCCGGCACUUGGUCAUUGUUCAACUCUUGUUUACGAUCUUGGUAGAUGUGGUAUUCUAUGUACACCUUCUCCAAUAUGCGCUCUAUCAUGGGCGUGGUAAGAAUCUUGACGAAGAACAUGGGAAAGCUGAGGUUACAGGCGAAGCAGUGAAUCCUCAUGCUGAUUUCUUGAUACCCUUAGUUGCCUUGCUUCCAAUUUUUAUGGUUAUUAUUGACCUGGUAUUGAUUAACUGCCGACUUAAAGCUGGCUGCUCACCAUAA